CCGGGGGCUCGAGGCCACCCAGGUGACCGCGGUCGGAGGGCCUGUUUUUCCGGCCUCGUGUGGGGUAGAAAAGUCAUCUAGAGAAGGAGGCAACUUGCUUCCCGCCCAGAGCUAGGUUAGCUGCUUGCUACUUCCGUGGGCCGUUCCCUUUCCCUUCCCCCUCAGGCCGUAAUUCGGAGGGUUCCGAGACUUCCGCAGCGACCAGAUCCUGGGAGCUCUCUUCUCUCGCCUGAAGACAAAUAUACAUAUCUCGGCCGAGGGGUCUUAUCCUCAGAGGGCCGUAUACCCUGUUCUCGGCUUCGGCUAGGACUCGCGACCACCGAGAGCACUGCAGGCCUGCUCAAGGCGGAGCCGCCUUAGAGCCAGCCCUCGCCUCCGCCCCCGCACCGCCCAGCCGGGCGAAAGUCUGGUUGGCUUGUUUUCCAGUCAUACUUGCCUCUGUCAUUUUGAAAAGUCCCUAUAUCUCCUCCCUCCUGCCCGGCCCCAUCCCGGAGAACUGACUGAAACUGGGGGCCAGAUUUGGCGGCUGCAGCUCAGGGCGCCACAGCGGAUAAGCGCGGGGAGAUGCGCAGCAGGAGCAAUUCCGGGGUCCGCCUGGACGGGUACGCGAGACUGGUGCAACAAACCAUCCUUUGCUACCAGAACCCUGUCACGGGGCUACUGUCAGCCAGCCAUGAACAGAAAGAUGCCUGGGUGCGGGACAACAUCUACAGCAUCCUGGCUGUGUGGGGCCUGGGCAUGGCCUACCGGAAGAAUGCCGACCGUGAUGAGGACAAGGCCAAGGCCUAUGAGUUGGAACAGAACGUGGUAAAGCUAAUGCGAGGCCUCCUCCAGUGCAUGAUGCGACAGGUGGACAAAGUGGAAAAGUUCAAGCAUACUCAGAGUACCAAGGACAGCCUGCACGCCAAGUACAACACUGCCACAUGCAGCACCGUGGUGGGUGAUGACCAGUGGGGCCACCUCCAGGUGGAUGCCACCUCCCUAUUCCUGCUCUUCCUGGCCCAGAUGACUGCGUCAGGCUUACGUAUUAUCUUCACACUUGAUGAGGUGGCCUUCAUACAGAAUCUUGUCUUUUACAUAGAAGCUGCAUAUAAAGUUGCUGACUAUGGAAUGUGGGAACGUGGUGAUAAGACUAAUCAAGGCAUUCCAGAAUUGAAUGCAAGCUCUGUGGGAAUGGCCAAGGCAGCACUUGAGGCAAUUGAUGAACUGGACCUUUUUGGAGUUUAUGGAGGACGAAAGUCAGUGAUCCAUGUCCUGCCUGAUGAGGUUGAGCACUGCCAGUCUAUUCUGUUUUCUAUGCUACCAAGAGCAUCAACAUCUAAAGAGAUAGACGCCGGACUUCUUUCUAUCAUUUCUUUCCCGGCCUUUGCAGUGGAAGAUGUAAACCUUGUGAAUGUGACCAAAAGUGAAAUUAUUUCCAAGCUCCAGGGACGUUAUGGAUGCUGUCGCUUCCUCCGGGAUGGUUAUAAAACCCCAAGAGAGGACCCAAACCGAUUACAUUAUGACCCUGCUGAACUCAAGCUCUUUGAAAACAUUGAAUGUGAGUGGCCUGUGUUCUGGACUUAUUUCAUCAUUGAUGGAGUCUUCAGUGGGGAUCCUGUUCAGGUCCAAGAAUACCGAGAGGCCCUGGAGGGAAUAUUAAUCAGAGGCCAAAAUGGGAUCCACUUGGUGCCGGAACUCUAUGCUGUCCCACCUGACAAGGUGGAUGAAGAAUACAAAAAUCCUCACACAGUGGACAGAGUUCCUCUAGGGAAGCUUCCCCAUCUGUGGGGCCAGUCCCUGUACAUCCUCAGCUCACUGUUGGCAGAGGGAUUCCUUGCCACUGGUGAAAUCGAUCCCUUAAACAGAAGAUUUUCUACGUCUGUCAAACCUGAUGUUGUAGUACAAGUCACUGUUUUGGCAGAAAACAAUCACAUUAAGGAGCUGUUGAAGAAACACGGAAUAAACGUCCAGAGCAUCGCUGACAUUCAUCCAAUUCGGGUCCAGCCAGGCCGGAUUCUUAGUCACUUAUAUGCCAAACUUGGACGGAAUAAGAAUAUGAAAUUGAGUGGGCGACCAUAUCGGCACAUCGGUGUCCUUGGAACCUCAAAACUCUAUGUGAUUAGGAACCAGAUCUUUACCUUCACACCCCAGUUCACUGACCAGCAUCAUUUCUACUUGGCUCUGGACAACGAGAUGAUCGUGGAGAUGCUGAGGAUCGAACUGGCCUAUCUGUGCACUUGCUGGAGGAUGACGGGCAGACCCACGCUCACUUUCCCUGUGACACACACCAUGCUGACAAAUGAUGGCUCAGACAUUCAUUCAGCAGUUCUUUCUACAAUUCGAAAACUAGAGGAUGGAUAUUUUGGAGGAGCUAGAGUAAAAUUAGGGAACUUGUCGGAAUUCCUCACCACGUCAUUCUACACUUACCUGACCUUCCUGGAUCCUGACGGUGAUGAGAAGUUGUUUGAUGACACCAGGGAAGAGAGCUUCAGUCCUGAUAGUGACUCAGAUCUGGGAGGAUAUUUGGAAGACACCUGUAGUCAAGAAAACCAAGAUGAACUUGAUCAGUAUAUCAACCACCUUCUGCAAAGCACAUCCUCAAGGUGUUACUUGCCCCCUCUCUGUAAGAAGAUGGAAGACCCCCAUGUUUUCAGUGCCAUCCACUCCACUCGGGAUAUAUUGUCUGUGAUGGCAAAAGCAAAGGGUCUGGAAAUUCCAUUUGUUCCUAUGACUUUGCCAACUAAAGUUUUAAGUGUCCACCGUAAAUCACUGAACCUUGUUGAUUCUCCUCAGCUGCUCCUAAAAAAGGCACCUGAAGGUGACUUCCAGUGGCCCAGAGAUAACCAUGGUGACGUAGACUGUGAGAAGCUGGUUGAACAGCUGAAAGAUUGUUCAAACCUACAAGACCAAGCCGACAUUCUGUACAUUCUUUAUGUAAUAAAGGGUCCCAACUGGGACACUAAUCUCUCUGGACAGCAUGGUGUCACUGUUCACAAUCUUCUCAGCGAGCUCUAUGGGAAAGCUGGCCUGAAUCAGGAAUGGGGUCUGAUUCGCUAUAUCUCAGGCCUGCUCAGGAAGAAGGUGGAGGUCCUAGCUGAGGCCUGUGCAGACCUGUUGUCCCACCAGAAGCAGCUCACAGUGGGCCUGCCACCUGAGCCCCGGGAGAAGACCAUCUCUGCGCCUCUUCCUCCGGAGGAGCUCACAAAACUCAUCUAUGAGGCCAGCGGGCAGGACAUCAGCAUCGCUGUUCUCACACAGGAGAUUGUGGUUUACUUGGCCAUGUACGUCAGGGCCCAGCCCAGCCUCUUUGUGGAGAUGCUUAGACUCCGAAUUGGACUGAUCAUUCAGGUGAUGGCCACAGAGCUGGCACGGAGCUUGAACUGCUCAGGAGAAGAAGCUUCUGAGAGUUUGAUGAACCUCAGCCCUUUUGAUAUGAAGAAUCUCCUGCACCAUAUUCUGAGUGGAAAAGAGUUUGGUGUGGAAAGAAGUGUGCGCCCUAUCCACUCCUCUACAUCCAGCCCUGCCAUCUCCAUCCACGAAGUGGGACAUACUGGGAUCACCAAAACCGACAGGAGUGGCAUCACCAGACUGAGGAGUGAGAUGAAACAGAUGACUAGGCGAUUUAGUGCGGAUGAACAGUUCUUUUCUGUGGGCCAGGCCGCAUCCAGCAGUGUGCAUUCCUCCAAGUCUGCGAGGUCCAGCACCCCAUCGUCACCCACGGGCACAUCCUCGUCAGACUCAGGAGGAUACCACAUGAGCUGGGGGGAGCGACAAGGCCAGUGGCUGCGCAGGAGAAGGCUGGAUGGAGCCAUCAACCGGGUCCCUGUGGGCUUCUACCAGAAGGUGUGGAAGAUCCUCCAGAAGUGCCAUGGCCUCUCCAUCGACGGUUUUGUCCUUCCAUCCUCAACCACCCGAGAGAUGACCCCACAGGAGAUCAAGUUUGCUGUCCAUGUGGAGUCAGUGCUGAACCGUGUGCCUCAGCCUGAGUACCGGCAGCUGCUGGUGGAAGCCAUCAUGGUGCUGACGCUGCUCUCAGACACGGAGAUGGACAGCAUUGGGGGCAUCAUCCAUGUGGACCAGAUUGUGCAGAUGGCCAAUCAGCUGUUCCUACAGGACCAGGUGUCAGCUGGAACCACAGACAUCCUGGAGCAUGACCAAGCCACGGGAAUUUGCCACUUCUUUUAUGACAGUGCUCCAAGUGGGGCUUAUGGGACAAUGACUUAUCUAACAAAAGCAGUGGCUUCUCAUCUGCAAGAACUGCUGCCUAGUUCAGGCUGCCAGACUCAAUAGGGCCUCACCAGUAACCAUGACUGCGACCACCCUCUGAAUCUGUCAUGUGCUCCCAGCUUCACCAGGAACUUUUUUCCAUCUUCCAAGAUGCCCUAUGCUUUCAUAAAAUCAUUUUGCUACAUCCCUUCAGGAACAUUCACAGAGCCAUGGCAGCACUCGACUGCAACCACUGCAUGUUUAAGCCACCGAUAGAGCUGAUGACUCUUGUGUUCCCCACCUAGGAAGUCCCUGGGGUCACUUCUUAGGUUCAUUUUCCUGGAACAUGUCAUCACAGCAUCUGGUCUCUUGGACUCUGAGAAGGAAAUGGAAACUGGUCUCUUCUGGGCGCAGAGUGAACUGCAACUGCAGCUUAAAUUGGCUCUCACAGAGUUACAGAAAUAGGUUCCAUGAGCUAGUGCCACAUUUUAAAGAUCCUUCCAGUAGCAACGACUAGAUAAGCAAGCCUUGACAAGGGAACAUCUUAAUAGGAUGCAGCCUAUCUGGGGACCACAAUGUUUACCAAAUAGAACAAUUCUGAAUUUCUGUGGAAUUUCGGUUAUGCCUUGCAUGCAUUUUUAGCCUCUUGUUCUAUUGGUG